AUGGCAGCAAUUCUUUACACAUGGGACUCCAAGGGUGUUCUUAAUGGAGAAGCAGAGACUCUUACUAGGCAAGUAGAAGCAGCAGAUAAACAGGUUCUCAGCCAUGUACGGUUUGAAGGUGACAACCAGCACCUUGAAUCUCACUUCAGUGCAGUAGGGGUUAUAGAUUGCUACUUGCUGGAAAUCUUGCUAGAAAUAUUUAUUUGCCAAAAUAUGACUUUGAGAAAAUGUCCACCACUCAGAAAGCUCUUCUUUACAGACUAUGGAAACGUUGCUAAAAUUGAGAGAUGUGAUAUGGAUGGCAUGAACAGAACAAGGAUAGUAAUAUCUAAAAUAGAGCAACCCACUGCUCUUACACUUGACCUUGUCAGCAAAUACGUUUACUGGAUAGAUGUUUAUCUUGACUCUGUAGGAGUGGUUGACUACCAAGGACGUAACAGGCAAACUAUAAUUGAAGGCCAACUAGUGACUCAGCUAUAUGGGUUAGCAGUAUUUGAAGACUAUUUGUAUGCAACAAAUUCAGACAACUUCAGUGUUAUACAAAUUAACAGAUUUAAUAGCAGAGAUACAAAGUUUUUAAUGAGAUUUGAAAAUGCUAAAGAUAUCCUUGUUUACCACAAGAGAAUACAGCCAACAGUCAGAAGCCACGCAUGUGAAGUAGACCAACAUGGAAGGCCAGGUAGAUGUUCACACAUCUGUUUACUCAGCAGCAGCUAUAAAAGCAGAACUUGUCGCUGCAAGAUGGGCUUUGUCUUGGGAAGUGAUGGCAGAUCAUGCAAAAGACUAAAGAAUGAGUUGUUCCUGUUUUAUGGAAAGGGACGCCCAGGCAUCAUACAAGGAAUGGAUCUAAAUACCAAAGUAGUUGAUGAACAUAUGAUCCCUAUAGAAAAUUUGGUCAAUCCUCGAGCUUUGGAUUAUCAUGCCGAAACCAACUACAUAUACUUUGCGGACACUACCAGUUUCUUGAUAGGACGUCAAAAGGUUGAUGGCUCAGGGCGUGAGACAAUCCUGAAGGAUGAUCUCGAUAAUGUAGAAGGCAUUGCAAUAGACUGGAUUGGAAAUAAUCUGUUUUGGACAAAUGAUGGUUACAGGAAAACAAUUAAUGUUGCCAGGUUAGAGAAAGCUUCUCAGAGUCGUAAAACUCUACUGGAAGGGGACAUGUCUCACCCUCGAGGAAUUGUUGUGGAUCCUGUUAAUGGCUGGAUGUAUUGGACAGACUGGGAAGAAGAUGAAAUAGACGAUAGUGUGGGAAGAAUUGAGAAAGCAUGGAUGGAUGGUGACAACCGUCAAAUAUUUGUGACAUUAAAGAUGUUAUGGCCAAAUGGAUUAACUUUGGAUUAUCAGAGUAAUAUAUUGUACUGGUGUGAUGCCUAUUACGAUCACAUUGAAAGAAUAUAUCUGAAUGGAACCAACCGCAAGGUGGUCUACAGUGGAAAAGAAUUGAAUCAUCCAUUUGGACUAUCACAUCAUAGAAAUUAUAUUUUCUGGACAGAUUAUAUGAAUGGCUCUAUUUUCCAACUGGAUUUGAUGGCUAGAAAUGUGACACUUCUGAAAAGUGAGAGAUCCCCUCUGUUUGGGCUGCAGAUUUAUGAUCCCCAGAAGCAACAAGGUGACAACGCAUGCCGUAUUAAUAAUGGAGGCUGCAGUACCCUGUGUUUAGCGGUACCUGGAGGCAGAAUGUGCGCUUGUGCUGAUAAUCAGCAUUUGGAGGAAAACAGUACAACCUGCACGCUUAAUUCUGAAGAAGUGUUACCCAAGUUAUGCAAAGUGGGUGAAUUUCAAUGUAGGAACAAGCGCUGUAUCCAAGGUCAUUGGCUGUGUGAUGGUGACAAUGAUUGCCUGGACGGCUCCGAUGAGCAUUCAGAGAUUUGCCUUAAUCAUAGUUGUCCUGACAAUCAGUUUAAGUGUCGUAAUAACCGUUGCAUCCCUAAGAGAUGGCUUUGUGAUGGAGCAAAUGAUUGUGGUAACAAUGAAGAUGAAUCAAAUGAAACUUGUGCAGCAAGAACAUGUCAAGUGGAUCAGUUUUCCUGUGUGAAUGGACGCUGUAUUCCAAGUUCAUGGUUGUGUGAUCAAGAGGAUGAUUGUGGUGAUCAGUCAGAUGAAACAGCAUCUUGUGAAUUCCCAACCUGUGACCCACUGGUUCAUUUUAUAUGUAAUAAUGGAAGAUGUAUUAGUAGCAAGUGGCAUUGUGAUGCAGAUAAUGACUGUGGUGAUGGGAGUGAUGAGCUGGGCUGUCUUCAUUCAUGUUUUGACAACCAGUUCAGGUGCUCUACUGGCCGGUGCAUUCCAGGUCACUGGACUUGUGAUGGAGACAAUGACUGUGGAGAUUUCAGUGAUGAAACUAAGCCAAAUUGCACCAAGGAAGUUAUAGCCUCUCUUGGGAGAUGCAAUGGGAAAGAAUUUCAGUGCUACCCAGAUAGAAACUGCAUUCCUGAACUCUGGCGCUGUGAUGGAGAAAAGGACUGUGAAGAUGGCAGUGAUGAAAAGAGUUGUAACGGAACUAUACGACCAUGUGAUGACAAAACAAAGUUUUCCUGCAAGGCCACAGGGAGAUGCAUUAGCAAAGCUUGGCUGUGUGAUGGAGACAUUGAUUGUGAGGAUCAGUCUGAUGAAGAUAAUUGUGAAGGCUAUAUGUGUGGGCCACCAAAAUAUCCAUGUGCUAAUGACACUUCCAUCUGUCUGCAGCCUGAAAAGCUCUGCAAUGGGAUAAGAGAUUGCCCUGAUGGAUCUGAUGAAGAUGAUCUUUGUGAAGAAUGUUCACUUAACAACGGUGGGUGCAGCCACCAGUGUUCAGUAGUUCCUGGAGGCAGAAUUGUAUGUUCAUGCCCCCCAGGACUGUACUUAAAUUCAGACAAUAAGACCUGUGAAUAUGUAGAUUAUUGCACCAAACAUCAGAAGUGCAGCCAAGUAUGUGAACAGCAUAAAAAUGCUGUUAAGUGCUCCUGUUAUGAAGGUUGGAAACUCAGUAAAGAUGGUGAAAGCUGUGCUAAUAUUGAUCCUUUUGAAGCUUUCAUCAUUUUCUCUAUUCGGCAUGAGAUCAGAAGAAUUGAUCUGCAGAAACGAGACUAUAGCCUAUUAGUUCCUGGUUUAAGAAAUACAAUAGCACUUGAUUUUCACUUCAAUCAAAGCUUACUAUACUGGACAGAUGUGGUAGAAGAUAAAAUUUACAGAGGCAAGCUUUCUGAAACUGGAGGCGUAAGUUCUGUUGAAAUUGUGGUCCAACAUGGUUUAGCUACUCCAGAAGGUCUUACUGUGGACUGGAUUGCUGAAAAUAUAUAUUGGAUAGACAGCAAUCUGGAUCAAAUUGAAGUGGCUAAAUUAGAUGGUACACUGAGGACAACACUAAUAGCAGGUGCAAUGGAACAUCCUAGAGCUAUUGCUUUGGAUCCCAGAUAUGGAAUUCUGUUUUGGACAGACUGGGAUGCUAAUUUUCCUCGCAUUGAAUCUGCUUCCAUGAGUGGAGCAGGAAGAAAGAUCAUAUAUAAAGACAUGGAUAGUGGAGCAUGGCCUAAUGGUCUUACAGUUGAUCAUUUUGAAAAACGAAUAGUUUGGACAGAUGCUAGGUCAGAUGCUAUUUAUUCAGCACUGUAUGAUGGAACUGGCAUGAUUGAAAUUAUACGAGGGCAUGAAUAUCUUUCUCACCCCUUUGCUGUCUCUUUGUUUGGGAGUGAAGUGUAUUGGACAGACUGGAGGACAAACACGUUAUCUAAAGCAAAUAAAUGGACAGGUCAAAAUGUUAGUGUGAUACAAAAAACCAGUGCACAACCUUUUGAUCUUCAGAUUUAUCAUCCAAGUCGUCAACCCCAAGCUCCUAAUCCUUGUGCUGCUAACAAUGGCAGAGGCCCUUGCUCUCAUAUGUGCCUGAUCAAUCAUAACAGAAGUGCUGCUUGUGCAUGUCCUCAUCUAAUGAAACUGGCUGCAGACAGAAAGACAUGUUAUGAAAUGAAAAAAUUCCUUCUUUAUGCAAGACAUUCAGAAAUAAGAGGUGUUGACAUAGAGAAUCCAUACUUCAAUUAUAUAACAGCAUUUACAGUUCCUGAUAUUGAUGAUGUAACAGUUGUAGAUUUUGAUGCAGUGGAAGAACGUUUAUACUGGACUGAUGUGAAAACACAAACUAUAAAACGGGCCUUUAUUAAUGGGACUGGCUUAGAAACUGUUGUAUCAAGAGAUAUUCAAAGCAUUCGUGGACUGGCUGUGGAUUGGUUAUCACGUAAUUUAUACUGGAUUAGCUCAGAAUUUGAUGAAACACAAAUUAAUGUGGCACAUUUAGAUGGCUCUUUAAAAACUUCAAUUAUACAUGGAAUUGAUAAACCACAAUCUCUUGCAGUUUAUCCAGCUAAAGGGAAACUUUAUUGGACUGAUGGGAACACCAUUAACAUGGCAAAUAUGGAUGGCAGCAACAGUAAAAUACUACUACAGAAUCAAAAAGACCCAGUUGGUUUAUGCAUAGAUUAUGUAGAGAAUAAGCUUUAUUGGAUCAGUUCAGGCAAUGGAACUAUAAACCGAUGCAACUUGGAUGGUGACAAUUUUGAAGUAAUAGAUUCAAUGAAAGAAGAACUAACCAAAGCUACAGCCUUAACCAUAAUGGAUAAGAAGUUAUGGUGGGCAGACCAUAACUUAGGCCAACUGGGCAUCUGCAAUAAAAAAGAUGGAAGGAAUCCCACAGUUUUGCGAAACAAAACUUCAGGAGUUGUACAUAUGAAAGUGUAUGACAAAGCAGGACAGCAAGAUUGCAAAGGUAGCAAUUCUUGUCAAGUCAAUAAUGGAGGAUGUUCUCAACUUUGUUUACCAACCUCAGAAUCCACUCGAACAUGCUUGUGUACUGUAGGCUAUAAUCUUCAGAAAAACCGUAUGUCAUGUCAAGGUGUAGAGUCAUUUCUCAUGUAUUCUAUUCAUGAAGGAAUCAGGGGAAUUCCUCUUGAUCCAAAUGAUAAAACAGAUGCAUUAAUGCCUAUAACAGGAACUUCAUUUGCUGUUGGUAUAGAUUUUCAUGCAGGAAAUGAUACAAUCUACUGGACUGACAUGGGAUUCAAUAAAAUAAGCAGAGCUAGCAGAGAUCAGACAUGGAAGGAAGAUAUCAUAACAAAUGGUCUGGGAAGAGUGGAAGGCAUUGCAGUGGAUUGGAUAGUGGGUAAUAUAUAUUGGACAGAUCAUGGCUUCAACUUUAUUGAAGUUUCCAGGCUUAAUGGCUCUUUUCGCUAUGUUGUCAUAUCUCAGGGACUGGAUCAGCCAAGAUCUAUAGCAGUGCACCCAGGAAAAGG